AUUCACCAUUGGUCUUUCGCCCUAGCGUCGUUUGAGCAACGAAUCGAUUGUGUUUAUUCUCUUAUUACUAUUUCGUGAAUUAACUCCAAGAUGAGCAAAGCAAAAGAGGACGGUGCUGAGCCAGAAGAGUAUUCGGUCGAAAAGGUCCUAGACCGACGUGUGAGAAACGGAAAGGUGGAAUAUUUCCUCAAGUGGAAAGGAUAUUCUCACGACGACAACACCUGGGAGCCGGAAGAAAAUUUGGACUGUCCUGACUUGAUUUCAGCAUUUGAAGAAGCUAGAAAGAAAAAAGACGAGCAAAGCAAAAAGCGGAAAACUACGGACUCCGAUGGAAAAGCGUCGAAGAAAAAGACAGAUGAGAAAAAAGUUCAAGGAUUUGAUCGGGGAUUGGAACCCGAACGUAUAUUAGGCGCUACUGACACUUCCGGACAAUUGAUGUUCCUGAUGAAAUGGAAGGAUACGGAUGAAGCUGAUUUAGUACCAUCAAAACAGGCCAAUUUAAAAUGCCCACAAAUUGUCAUUCAAUUUUAUGAAGAACGUCUGACAUGGCAUUCCGGCACUGAUGAUGACAAAAAACAUGAAUGAAGUGUUUUCUUUCCGUCUCUAAUAAAUAUUAACCAAUUAAGUAAC